CGUGUUCGUUCUCCCCACGUUCUAUCGAACCUUUCGCCUGCUCCAAACCCUCUUAAAAACCACCCCCGAUAACAAAGUGUGCCACCCUCGUAAAAUCGAUUCACCGCCCGAUUCGUGACAGUUCAUUCCUGCUGUUCAAAAGUGGAGCGUCGAUGAAGUUCACGGUGCCUCUGGUGCCUUUGUGGGUCAUCAGGAACCCGUCCAACCUGCUGCAGCGUCACUGUAUCUCCGCUAAAUCGAAUUGGGAGAAAAGGGACCACGUGUUCGAAAUGUGAAUUCUGUGAAAAGUCAGUUGACUUCGGUGAAUCAGUUUUUUUGAUCAAGUGAACUAUAUCGGAUCUUGGCAAUUCGUGAAUAAUUUGAAUGAAAUGCUAGAGCGAACCACGUGGCACAGCGAAGUGGAACGAACUCGAGGGAAAGAUGCAACGGGUCGUUAAAGCCCGGAAGAAAGGAUUCAGGCCCAUUCAGUACGAAUCUUUCGGUCACGCUUCUAGGAAGCUCUGAAAUUGAAGAGGUGAAAUAUUCUAGGACCAAGAUUUAGACCGUUAAGCGCGGCUCUUGCCAAACGAGUUUAUGGUUUUUAAUCGAGUCUACCACUCGUCUGGCAACGGGUUUCCCUUGUAUAUACAUCCGGCAUGCAAUUGCUGGUAUCCUUCGGCAUUCGGAGGAUCAUCUAGCAGGCUGGCCACCUGUUUCCCGUCCAUCGAGCCUUUCCUUCCGAGAGCCACCGGUCUUCAUAUUUAUUAAUCACUCUUAAUAUUUCACCGUCCGCGCAAUAAAUCGCUUUGUCGGUGACCGUAAAUCACUCGGUUGUCCGAGGGAAAUUAAGAAUGGUUGAAUGUUUCCUUAUGAGAAAAUAUCUGUAGUUACGGCGUAUGUUAUCACAUGGAAAAAGACCAAACAAGAACAAAACUAGUAGAAACGUAUCUGCGAGACUGCCAGAACCUUUCUGUUUGCUCGAGAUCGGGCGAAGAAAUGUAACCUCGAACGUGCCACUUAUACUGAUUUCUAAAUCGAUCGAGGUACUUGCAGAUUUCUGAUACAACGCUGUGAACCUUGGAGAAUUUUUAGUACUUGAUUGUGGGUUUGUUUGAUGUUCAGGUGAUUUUUAGAUGGGACAGAGAUAUUGUGGAUAUUCGUAUUUGAAGAUCUUGAGGAUAUUUGUUUUGGUGAAAAACCUGAGGAACAGUUAUAUUGAAAGAUUGAUAAGAAUGCUGUGUUUAAUUACGGAGAGAUUUGGAGUUUCAUAAUGAAUGUUAAUUUUGAAAACGUAAUAAAGAAGAAAAUUAAUUCUGAGUGUCAUAAAUAAAGAAUACUAAUUUUAGUGUCAUAAUUGAAUGCUAAAAUAGUGUAUACUUGAACGAAGACUCUGAAGAUGUGUUAAGUUUAAUUUUAACAAUGUAACAAAACAUCAACGACAAUUAAUGUUCCCCAUAAAGAAUUGUGAAACAAAGACGCGGAGAACCAAGUAUUUAAAAAUGAAAAGGAGACGAUUCUAAUGGACUUCGUGAUCAAAAAGGUUGCGGAAGAAAAUGUUGAAGUGGAUAAAAGUUCGCCAGGACGCGUCGUCGACGCCGACGCCGCUCGAUCACGAGAAAAAGGACGAAGUGGUGGCAAAGGUCGAAGUUGAAGAAGCGACGCGAGUCGAAGAGGAAGAAGAUGACAGUGGAAUGGAAAGAGAAGACACUCCGUCUAACAUCGAGCUUAACGAUCUACGAAAAGACCUGUUUUCGCAGCUCCAGUUUUCGCAAGAGAGCGCAUUGCCGCCCGACACUUUGCGCCGGGCUUUGGCCGAGAGCUUUCUCGAUCAGCAAAGGUUUCAGCUGGGAUUCAUGGAUGACGCGGCGGAAUGUUUCGAAAACAUUCUUCUACGUAUACAUCUGCACAUCGCCAGCGGGGAAGCCGAGGAUAUGUGCAGUGCGAGACAUUGUGUGCCACACCAGAAAUUUGCCAUGACGUUGGUCGAACAAAGUGUUUGUGGAGCCUGCGGUGCUACUUCGGAACCUCUGCCUUUUACACAGAUGGUCCAUUACGUAUCAGCAUCAGCACUAACGUCCCAAGCACGCCAAACACCGCCAACUUCCCGUAACAGCCCGGAUCUGUUCGGUCAACUUCUUCGAAAAGCCGGUGGCAUGGGUGACAUCAGGGACUGUCCGAGUUCCUGUGGAGCCAAAAUCCAAAUCUGCCGGACCCUGAUGAACCGACCGGAAAUCGUUUCCGUGGGUGUCGUAUGGGACAGCGAGCGACCAUCGUUAGAGCACAUUAUGGACGUUUUCGCAACCGUGGGAACAUCUCUUAGGUUGAGCGACGUCUUCCACAGUGUGGUGGACUCCCGAUGGGGUGCUUCAACCGUGCAUAAUCUCGUAGGAGUUGUCACGUACUACGGGAAACACUAUUCCACCUUCUUUUUUCACACUAAACUGAAGGUGUGGAUAUACUUCGACGACGCCACAGUGAAGGAAAUUGGUCCUCGUUGGGAGCAGGUCGUUGAAAAGUGCAGAAGGGGUCGCUAUCAGCCUCUAUUGUUGCUCUACGCCACCCCCGGAGGCACUCCGGUGAACACUGAGAAUGCACCCAAGACUGUAACACCUUUCCCAAAUGGAAAUGGCCUGAAGACACCACCAAAAAAUAACGUUCGUCGAUCGAUCACACCUAGCCCGGAGAAACCAUCGAUCAACAGCACUGCCAGACGUGCCAUCACUCCCAAUCCUGAUAGUCCUCCUCAUUCGUACACGCAGCGCAGGAUCUAUAGCGACUAUCAGAAUCUGACGGACAUCCAGAAUAAUAUUUUUGGGAAUCAAGGUGUGGACGUAGUCGACGGAGAGACCGAAUCAAAGUACAUCAGCCGUCGCGCAGUGGAGAACGUGAUGCAGCAACAAAAGAAGCAACAAAUGCAACUAACACGCAGCCUAAGCGCUGGGUCCACGCCACAAGACGCCAUCAGUAUUCCGGAUCAUCUAAACGUACCCAGAAGACGAGAUUCCGGAAACUGGUCCGGCGAUCGGAACAGCGCUUCCUCGAGUUCUUCAACGACGAUGGACAACCCGUACUUGUACAUCGUAAACAAAAUGCAGAGGAACUCUGGAGUUCCAAAGAGCCCCACCAGCAAGUCUGGAGAACUCUCCAGCAGCAGCAGCGGCCAUUACGACGCUGGUUACGAUUCGUACUCUUUGUCUUCCACGGAUAGCCUUCCGCUGCAGCAGGGCCUUAAGCACAACCUACAGCUUGCCCAGAUACCGGAAGGCUACCAAGCGUCCUCGGGAGAUGACUGCGAACGCCUCUGCAAGGAAACGGACGCUCUGUUGGAUAAGUCCCGAGCUGCGGAGGACGCGGGUGACCUCAGCACUGCGGUGGCCUUGUGCAGUGCAGCCAGCAGUAAAGCUAGAGCUGCCAUGGAUGCACCGUACAACAAUCCGCACACCAUCACCAUAGCUAGGAUGAAGCACAACACUUGUGUGAUGAGAACCAGGAGCCUUCAUAGGAGGAUGCUGCAGGAGCAGGCCACUAUUAACGGAGACAAAGAAGAGGGUGCACCAGAAGGCAGACACUCGCGAGAGAACAGUAAGUCUGGACAGCACUCUCGUCAGAGUUCCAGAGACAAAGGCAACCACUCCAGGCAGAACAGUCGGGAGCUCCUGGUGAAUGCUCCAACGACGACCACGGAGAAGCCUGCCACGAAGAGCAUCGAGAUCUACGCCACCCUGCCUAAGAAGAAAACGUUACGCAGCAAAGCAACGGCAGUGAACGUGAUCGAAGAUGAAGAGUAUAUGUUAUACGAUCGACCGAUGCAGAGGACAGGGUUGUUCAGCCGCACAAAACGCUGCGACGACGAUAAAAAGGACAAGAAACGUGCUCGAAGCGAGGAGAGGAACAAGAACGUGUCGAAGGACUUCUCCAUAGCUCCAUCUCGAGCUUCUCCCUCUCCGAAAGGUGCCAAGGUCGAGAAGUCCAAGGACACUGUGGACACCGUUGCUAACAAUGCACGUAACUCGCAAUCUAGCGCCAGUGGAGAACAGAAGCAGGGCAAGAAGCAGCACAAGAUUCGCAGGAAGUUGCUGAUGGGAGGACUGAUCAAGAGGAAAAACAGAAGCAUGCCGGAUCUGCGGGAAGGUCAGGACGGACAGACGAACACGAACGUGGAGGGAACCUCCAACACCUUGCCGAAGCAGUCAGUGGACGAUUCCAGCGUUGGUUUGAAGGGGAACGAGGUGUGCCAGUCUCUGAGCGGCUACCUGUCGGAGGGCCACCUGGAGUUCACCGGGAACGGCAACGGCAGCCCAGGUAGUACCAGCAACCCGAAUCUGGAGAGAAGUCGUCUGAUGAGGAAGAGCUUCCACGGCAGUGCAGGCAAAGUGUUACACGUGGCGAAGGUGCCUCCGCCUCCUCCGCUCAGGACCACUUCUCAGCUUAGCAAGUCUAAGUGUUCGGGUGAAGUGCACAACGAGCAGCAGACCGAGAAAUCCGCGUAUCAGUCAUCGGAGAGUCAGUGUGCGAGUAAUUCCUCCCAGGAACAGAAUGCAACGUAUUGGAAUCAUGUGAACUCUGGUAACUCAGCCGGUGGAGCUAACAGGACAUCGAAUUAUACAGACUAUUCAUCGGAGUCUCAUUCUUUGCCCUUUUUGCCCUCGUACGGCAUGGACCAGAACGGUGCAAAUGUACCAGGCUCGUGUCAGACGGGGUACAACAACAAACCAAGGAUUCAGGACGAUGUUGUUCAGUAUGCCAAUGGUAUACUAUACGAGCCCACGUUCGUGGUCACUCGCGCGGACGUGCACAACGAGCAGAGUCCCGUGAAGCAACAGAAUCAGCUGGAUUCCUUGCCUCCGUACCCUGAGAGCGGGAACGUGUCACAUUCGAGGCAACCCAGUGAAGAUUUCCCGCCUCCACCGUAUCCGUCGAUCCAUUCCGUGUCCCAUUCGAGGCAGGCCAGCGAGGACUUUCCACCACCUCCUCCACCGAUCGACGACUGCGCGAGUCACCUUCAGGAGAGCCAGCAGUACCAGCAGCAGUAUCAACAACAGUAUCAGCAGCAGUAUCAGCAACAACAGAUGGCUUCGAUGCAGCAACGUCAGCAGCAACUGGACAGUCAGCACAUUAGCAGCCUGUUGACGCAGCUGCAAAUGAAGAGGGAUCAGAUUUUGACCUCUGAAGCUUCCAGGGAUGACAAGAGGCCCGAGGAGCAGGAGGAAGAAGAGAAAUCGGCUAGUGAAACCUGGUUGCGAGAGCUGCAGGCUAAACAGGCGGAGAGGAGGAUGAAGAAGCAGAAUCCUCUGGAUCAGGAUAUCCCAAAAGUCAGGUCGGCUCCAACGAUCACAGGACCAACCAUCGCGCGAAGGACCAGCGACCUGAUGAUGAACAGCCUAGGUCAGAGCUACGAUCAGGCCAGUCGAGAUGUGACCGACUGCCCACGAGUUAUUUCUUCCGUGAAGGACAUGGCGGCCAGGUUCGAGCAGAUCAAAUUACAACCUACACCGAAGACGGAAUCAGAUCAGAAGGGUGCAGUGAAAAAUUGUGUCUCGCCUUCUCCGUUGCUGGACGCAUCUCAGGACGCGGAGGAACCUAGACCUAUGAAGCUGUCAGAGAAUAUGAAUUUCGCUAAAGCCGAUGGUGUCUCGAGUCAGUCAAUCUUGAAUUCGAACUUUGAGACCAGUUCGAGCCAGAACACUUUCGUUCCAACGCCUGCUAAUGCCAUGCAAACGCAGCAAAGUGGUUUGAACCAGGCCCUGAUGUCAAUGUCCCUUACGUUACCACACGAGAACGGUUUACCAAUUGACUACCCUGAAGACGACAUCAGCGAAGUGGCCAUGCAGAACACUAUUCAGAACACCACAAUCCUACCUAACGAAGAGGACAUAGCACCCAGGAAGGUAAAGCGACGAAUUGGGAAGAAGAAGAGUGUGUCCUUCUGCGAUCAAGUUGUUCUGGUGGCCACUGCAGAGGAUGACGAGAAGGACUCGUAUAUACCUAACCCCAUUCUCGAGAGGGUCCUCCGUUCAGCAAUGAACAAGCCAGAAACUGCUCAAGUUCUCCGGGAGAUCAGAAGUCUUCAGGAAGCCGAGAUGAAUCGAGAGAACUGCACUGGAACCAAAUUCCAACAGCAGACUCUUCCUCUGAAGAGCGAAGCUGACAGCGUCCCAGCGACCCCGUACCAAGACCAACUCAGAAGCGUGAACCCCAUACCGAUUCCAGACACCAUCAAGCCCACUUUCGGCAGACAGAACUCUAACGAAUCAGUAGGGUCGUUAACGGACAAAAAGCUGUGCGGUUCCUACGGAAGCGAAGGGCAGGACGUCGUCAGGGAGACCUACUCCGGGCUACCAAACGUCUCCAAACCCCCAACAUCGUACUCUCCUCAGCUUCAACAACAAAUACGAUACUCCCAGAACGGAUACAUGCCAUACUUGCAGUCUCAAUCAUCGUAUCCUCAGGCCCAGACGUCUCAUCCCCGGAAUCAAGCUAUUCCCAUAUCACAAACUCAAAAGCCAGCCAGCCCAUAUCCCACGCAGCUGCAGUACGUCCAGAACAACUCGCAGCAACAGAAGCCCGUGUGCCAGAAGAACACCUACCAGACCUACUACCAGUUGGAGCAACAGCACAACCAGAUGAACAAACAGAUAUCCCAGCAGCAACAACAGCAGAACCAGAGGAUCGCGAGCCAUAACGCGAGCCCCAUAACGGUUCAACAUCCCCAACAACAGUUCGCAUACCCCCCUACUCAGUCACCCAGCCCUUACCCCAAUCAGUACACCCACAGUUCCUAUCAGGGCUACCCUUACCAGUCUGUUCCUCAACAGAACCGAAUCAACCAACCGCUGCCGCAGUACCAGCCUCCUCCCAACCCCCCAACCUCCUAUCAGCAACAGAACGUCCAGAAUUAUCAGCAGAGGCACGACGCUUAUCAACGACCACCUCAGAAAGCGGAUCAGCAAAAUAUUCUAGCACCCAACCAGACGUACCCUAACCAACUGCAGAACGGUCAGAUACAGUCGAACAUGAAGUACCCAACAUAUCAGCAUCCACCUGUGACCAAACAGAGCAAGCAGAUGCACUUCGUCCCCGCCUCGAAGACCAAUGGCACCGUCCCUCAGUCUUCCUUGCAGAAAAAUGUGGUUUCAGGUGCGGCCAGGACCGCACCCUGCCAUCUGUGCCGGAAGAAACAGGUCACCGAACCGGCUAUAUAUUGCUCGGACUGCGAUUUCUAUAUGUCACGCUUCCGGCCAAAGAACUGAAGUGAUGCGGUGUUAUCUUAGGUUAUUGAAUAGUGCUCUUGGUAGAGCUUGUGUAGCUAUAGUAGCGGUAGAGUGGUUAUAUUUGGUAAGGAAAAAUUGUGAAGUUCGUUUGGUACUUUUAGAUUGCGGAAUAUUGUAGGGUUCAAUCUUUGAAGGUUACUCAAUUUUUUGAGAGUUGAGGAUAACAGAUUUUCAGAUCUGGAGAUUCUCAAAAAAUUAUAUUCUCAAAUUCUCAAAUGUCCAAAUUGUAAAAUCCUCAAACCCUCAAAUUCCCAAACUCUCAA